AUGGAGACUCAAAAGUAUCCUGUUGUCCCUGGGCAUGAGAUUGCAGGCAUUGUAAAAGAGGUGGGUUCCAAUGUUCAGCGCUUCAAAGUUGGUGACCAUAUGGGAGUGGGAACUCAUGUCAACUCAUGCAGAGAUUGUGAGUACUGCAACGACAGAUUUAAUGGUGUUGGUGUUGAUGGUACAAUCGCAAAAGGAGGAUACUCCAGUCAUAUAGUUGUCCAUGAAGGAAAACUAUCCAUUGGCUUCGGCAGCUCCUCUACUUUGUGCUGGAAUUACUGUUUAUGCUUCGAUGGUACGCCACAAGAUGAACCAACAUGCACUAGCAUAUCCAAGAAAGAGGAAGCUUUAAGUCAGCUGGGUGCAGAUAACUUUGUGGUCUCAUCUGACAGAAAUCAGAUGAAGGCCCUGGUGAAGUCAGUAGACUUUAUAAUUGAUAUAGCAUCUGGUGAUCACCCUUUUGAUCCAUACGCAGAACUAUUGAAACUGGUGGAGUUCUGGUCUUAUGGUGGGAUUCCCCAGUGA